AUGAAUUCACCGGCAUUAUUUAUUUUAUUGUCCACUUUCCUGUAUUAUCCAGUAUUCUCCGAGGACUAUUAUGAGUUAUUAGGCAUUUCUAGGGAUGCUAGCAGUAAGGACAUUCGAAAAGCAUUCAAAAAAAUAGCGCUAAAGCUUCACCCGGAUAAAAACAAGGUAUGUUAUCAGAGCUUGUACGCGUGAGUUUGAUCACAGCUUUUGUGAUACUUCAAUAUUUUCCUGUUUGGUUUUUUUCAGCUGGUGUUAUUUUGAAAUAUAUUCUUUGCUUUUAACAGGAUGAUCCUCAAGCUCAUGAAAAGUUUACAACGAUAAAUAAAGCUUACGAGGUUUUAAAAGGUAGGAACAGGAGAAGACAGUAGCCAUUAAUUUUAUGACUGUUUAUACAUUACAUUUUUUACGUGUACUAUUGUUGUUCUGUAAUUAUAACUGAGCUUAAAAUUAAGCUUACAAUCAAAAGUCAGCUGUGUUUUUAAUGACUAUAAUUCUAGGUUAGCAACCUAAAAUAUGUGAAAUAUUCAAUUUUAGUGGAAUGCUAUUUCGCUAACGUUGUCAUAUCGUAAUACAACGUGCAUAGAAUACAUGUAGCUAUAGUCUGAAAUAAUUAAUAUUGCUUCCAAAUGCAAUGAUUAUACCUUUCUAAAAUUUUAUUGAACUUAUUCAGCAGCUGGGAACACAUGACCUUACUACUUUUAAAGACAAUGUUUUCCCCUCAGGAAAUUAUUUGAAACAGCGUAGCUCUCACUAUAAACCAAAUGAACUAGACUACAUUAACAGGGUAAGCCAGACGGGUAGUGUUAAUCCAGACUUAGUAAAUCGAUAAACUUAUAAUCGAUAAAAAUCGAUAGUAAUCGAUAUCAAUCAUCGAUGAUUAUCGUUUUCCAAUAUCCAUCGACAGAAAUCGAUAAAGAAAAAAGUUGUGACUUCGAUUAACAUUGAUGAUUUUCUGAUAGAAAUCGAUGAUGAAGUUUUUAUUGGUUGUUAUCAAUUUGUUAAUCAAUAAUAAUCGAUAAAUUAUUUUUUCUGUGACUUCGAUGUCUAUCGAUUUCCGAUAUCAAUCAAUAUUAAUCGGCAGAUUAAAUUGAUUAAUAUCGAUGAUAUCGAUUGAUUUCUGAUAUCGAUUUUUAUUGAUUAACUAUGUCUGGUAUUAAUCUACCAUUAUACUUAAAUUAAUUUGUCAAUAUACCCAAAAUUUCCCCCCAAUUCUUUUCUUAGGUAAGAUUCCCUUACAAUGCCAUAGAAUUGUUAGGCAUCCAGCAAUUUUACACUAUUUUGUGCAGAUAAAUAAUAUGAAUAGAGUUGAAACAUGUGAUGCUUAAUAAAUGUUUUAACCUGUAUGGAAAUCUGGAUCAAUUGAGGUUUCUGGGAAACUGCCCACCUACCCCACCCCUCACCUAACCCAACAUUUUGCCCUAAUUGAGAAGUAAGUGUUAAUGUUGACUUAGGGGAGAGGUAGGUGGGCAGUUUCCCAGAAACCUUAAGUCCAAACCUACCAUACCAUAUACCGUUUAUGCAAAGUCAUUUUGUUUUCCCAAAGUCCAUGGCCAACCCUGAUUAAUUAUAGGGAAGUCAUUCCCUUCCCUUUUUUUCUUCAGAAAACUGCAAAUUCCCCACAGUGGAGCCAGUAGACUUAAAGGAAAAAUGGGGAUCAGAAGGCAACUGACUGAAAAGGGACUAUGUGCAGUCUUUUUGCACCUGUCGGCCACUUAAGAAUUGAGAAGGGAGUUGAAGCCAAAAUGCGUCCUGUAAAUGUUUUUGGCAUCGAUACUGGCCCGGGGAGGGGGGAGGGGGCUACUUGUGUUAAUUUUUGCUGGGUAUGUGCCGCUGGCCUCUCAGAGCCCCUACCCCAUUAUAGUCUAUUUUGUGGCCUAAUUAUAGACCCCAUCUUAGUCACUUUGGGGCAAAUACGUAAUUUUCACAAUGACCAGGGUCCGAAAUUAACUUUUUAAUACGAGCGCCAACUGGCGAUCAAGUAUAAAUUUUUGGUCGCCAGAGGGCAAAUUGUGGUCGCCAAAAAUUCCCCCUCCCUUUUUUUCAAAUAAAAGUUUAAACACGAAUNUUUUGGUCGCCAGAGGGCAAAUUGUGGUCGCCAAAAAUUCCCCCUCCCUUUUUUUCAAAUAAAAGUUUAAACACGAAUAAAAAAUGCAUGGUAUGGACGUUUUUGUGCUUAAAAAUUGCAAUACUUGCGCUUCCGAUACCAGAAAGAAACCGUACGUGUACGAGUAAAGUCUCAUUUUUUCCACAAAUUACUUUUUGGAGAUAUACAUGUAAAGCCAUCUGAUCUAGAACGUAGGAACAGAAAGCUGUCUGCCCAUGACUGUACCGGAUCAUAUCAAAACUAUUUUCUUCCGAUAGCUACCACAAAACAAUCCGCAAAACAACCACGAAACAUAACCGCCAUGUUGCUCGUACCAGGCCACAUUUUUUUUGUGCCACAUUACUCAUAAUGGCGGCUUGGAAACGUUCAACUCGUAUUGAUCGUAGCUGUUGUAGAGGUAUUAUUACAGGAAGAUUCGUUUCCCUUUUAAUUAAAAAAUAUCAGCAGGACAAAAAGGAAGACACCUGUUGGCAAAUAGCUUUUCGAGGUUUCAAUUUUUAAUCAGUUUCUCCGAACGUUUAAGUCCACAAUAACAACCAGCUUUACAAGUCGCUAGCUGGUGACCAGCUAUGAAAUUCUGGUCGCCAGGACUAAAUUUUUACUCACAUUGGCGACCAGGAAGGCGCAAUUUUGGACCCUGCAAUCCCAACUUAUUCACUUUCUGUUUAUGUAUCUACCUUAUAUUGAAUGAAGAACACUUUCCUUUUCACCUACAGUACAAACGCUCUGGUACGUUUUGUAAAUACAGAUAAAGAAUUGUCUUACCCCAAACAUCAGAAAAUGUGCGACCCCAUUCUAGUAACUCUAUUGAAAUUGCUACCCCAUCAUAGUAAAUCCAGUUGUGAAAGUGCAACCCCAUCCAGCGGCACAUCCCCAUUAGCCCCUUACAAGGAAGUACCCCCCCUCCCCAGGGAUACUGGGGUCAUGCCAGUCAGCUAUAGGCCAGUUCUUUCCCCUGUCCCUAGUAACAGUUCAAGAAGUCUUGGCGAAAGUAAUCCUACCCCAGUUUUCUCCUCAUUUUCUAAAGUGGCAAGUUGUUAGCCAUCCUACUGAGUAUCUCUGCUCUGCACCUAAGAGAGUUGACUACCAGUGGUCAGGGCUUCUUACAUUUUUCUGUGUGACAUGAUAUUUAUUACAUCAUUGUCCAUUGUGUCAGAGUAAAGUGGAAUACAGGUGUAUGUGUUUUUUAAAUACCUGUACAUAAUCAUUUUUAUUUACCUUUGGUGACCUGCGAGAGAUACAUUAUUUGUGUGUUACUGUUUUAAUUUAGAUGAAGAGCUUCGUAAAAAGUAUGAUGUGUAUGGUGAAGAGGGUUUAAAAGACGACCACUUUGAUGGAGGACAUUACCAAAGCUGGAAUUAUUUUAAUGAGGAAUUUGGUAAGAUUGUGGCAUUUACAGAGGAGAUGAGUUGUUUUAACUUCAUUUUUUUAUUUGAACUUAAUUUAAGUUUGUAAGUUACAGCCACUAUAAUGUUAUUCCUGUUAAUAAACCACUAAAAAAGUCUUGUACGUGUAGAUCUUCAGUGCCUGUUACAUAUUCACCAAGCCUCUUCUUCACUGAGCUUAAAAUUUACCACCUUUCUUUAUUUAUCACACACAUGACGAUUUCGACAUUAAUGAUCCUAGCAGUAUAUAGGAUGCAUGUCAUACAUGAACCUUGCGUAUGGUCCAACUCGCCACAAGUCCUUUGUAGCUCAGUGGUUAGAGCAUCUGACCGGUGUACAGAAGGUCAUUGGUUCAAUUCCUGUCGAGGACCCAGAUUUUUUUUUUGUCCUGUGCUUAUGACUUGUUGAUCACAUCACUUCCCAUUUUUUUCUCAUUCAUCUUUCUUUACUUAUCAUAUUAAUUUCUACUUUAACAUUUUCAUAAUAGUAAAUACACUUUGCACCGUAAAAUUUUGCAUUAUCAUUUUUCUCUUUUUCUCUUGGAACUUAAAGUAGUAAGAAUUAGAUGCAAUACGACCAAUCAUCACCAGAUCAAAUCUAGUACCAACCCUUUUUUAUUUAUUUAUUUUUAUUUUAUUUGCCACACAAUAAUGAAUUACAAAUAAAAUAGGAUAUGUAGAAAAAAUAAGUGGCAAGGAGACCUAACAGAAACUAUGAGAAGCUUAUGAGAGGUUAGGCGUUCUCAAACUACAGGCUAGAGCUGUUUACAUCAACUGAAGAAAAGAUGGUGUUAAGUUGAAGAUGGAAAUUAAGAUCGGAAAUUCACAUUUAUGUAUUAAUUUAAUCUUCAAUAUUUUCGUAACGGAGAAAAGGGAUUGAGAGUUUUGUUGACUUCAUUGUCAUAGUGAGUUAAAAAGCUUAGGUCCUUGAAAAAAUAGGUGAGAACUUCUUGGUGUUCAUUCAACAAUACGGUAGACUGUUUUAUAUACAACUGUGUACAUGUAGUACUGUAAAAUCAAAUAUUAUGUUGCUAACUACUGACAUUUUUCUUAUCACAGGAAUUUAUGAUGAUGACCCAGAGAUUAUAACAUUAAGCUACUCAGAUUUUGGUGGGUGUGUUAAUGAUAUAUUUAUACUGUAGAUUACCUCCCACAAAACUAGUUGAGAUAAACUGGAAAAAUCCUCUAUGGUUUUUCCUAUCAUCUGUGCAAAAAUAGAAUGUAUUUCUAAAUGAAUCUGUUCAUCCUCUCUCCCAAUUUUGUUUUGAAUCAUAUGUCUUUGUUUUUAGUCAACCAAAACAACAUUGGAUGGUAGUGAGGACCAGGAUAAGUUUGUCCUGUUUUGGUGACAUUUUAGCAUCAAUUAGUUCCUGAAUUAGCUUAAAAUUUACCUACCCCUUUCUUAACUGUUUUACCUCAAAAACACAUGGGGAAACUUAAAAUGUUGCUAAUCCUUGCCAAAGUGAUGUUAAAUAUAAUUCUGGUAUAAUUUUUUGUCAUUGCUAGCCCGGGCUAGAUUUCUAGCUGCCAUUUGGGAAAUGAGUCCAUCCUCCUCCUGUUUCUUCUUGUUCCUCGCCAGUAAGGAUGUUUUGCCAGGAGAAACGUCAGGGACUCUGCGCCAGAAAUUCCAUACUGAUGACGUAAAAUUAAUCUGUCUGGAAUCUGGUCAGGAGAUCUGAUUGGUCAUCAUAGUAGUUAUAUUGACCUCUAAGUACCAGCAGAUUGUCCCUAACAGACCCUUGCUCAUUCAAUAUGACUUGCUCCCUUGAUAUUAAUAAUAAUAAUUAUAAUAAUAAUAUGUAAAUUAAAUAUAUUAUUUACAUUUUUUCUUUGUAUAAUUAUCAAUGGUUAUAAUAAGUAAGUAAUAAGUAAUAGUUUAUUGAUAUCCCUCUUGCGGCCUAAAGGCUAAAUUACAAGGAAGGUCAGUGACAAUAACAGAAGACAAUACAAUACAAUAAACAAUGAAAUAGAAAUUAAUGUAAAUAUGAUUAAAAGCACCACAUAACAGAGAAAAAAUAACAGAGCACAGGAUUACAACUGGUCUUGAAACUUAAUGGUGCAGAAAUCUGCGAACCGCUUUGUCUUGGGGACAAUGUGCAAAGGAAAAUGUUCGCCUGAAUGGAGGCAAUAUGGCCUGUCAAUUGAUGCACAAGGAAUUAAUGGCUUGAGUACCGGGGACGACAGGCAGUCACGCUCGAUAAAAUUUAUGCAGGAUUCCUCCCUUCUCUGGGAAAGGGCAGUGAUGCCAGAUUGAAUGAGGGCGUCAUCAUAGUGACAAUUCGGCAAAACGAUGCAUAGGGCCCUUUUUUGUACAGAUUCUAUAGCGUCCUCUAAAUACUUUGGCAGGGCAGCCCAAACAGGGCAAGCAUAUUCAAGUACAGAUCUUACAAUGCUACAGUACACUUGUAUUAGCUGCGUGAUAGUGAGGCCACUUUUUUUAAGCGCGUGCAAUGCGUACAAACGCUUGUUGGCCUUUUUGACUAUGUGUUCUAUUUGGACAUUCCAUGAAAGAUAAUAAUGAUAAUCAUAACUAUAACAAAAUUCUCAAAUCUGAUUGGCUAUCAACUCCCCUGAUUUCAGCCUUAAUUGGACAAUUUAAUAGGACAGUACGCGUCAUGCCCAAGUAAUUGGACAGUACGCGCCAUCACGAGUGCGCUUAAAUGGCUUUUUUUCACUACUAGCAUAAAAAAAUUUGGAAUUUCUUCUGUUUUGAUUUUAAAAAAGGGCUUAUAUUAAUAUAUCACAAAUUUUGUUAAAGUUAUGAUUAAUUGGUAACAGAACUUCGUGUCGUCCAAUUCAGUCUGUAAUCAUACUUGUGAUUAAACAAAUCGGACUCCCGCUACGCGGUCGUCCGAUUUUGUUAGUCACUCGUAUGAUUACAGACUGAAUUGGACUCCACUCAGUCCCGUUAACAAUACUAAUUAAAUGUAAUACGUAAUGCAUUUUGAUUAUUAGGAAAUAUUUUGUACUGUUUGUUUAACAGAGGUGUCAGUCGAAGGAAGUGAAGAUAUUUGGUUUAUCAACUUUUAUUCCCCGUUUUGUUCACACUGUCAUGAUUUAGCACCAACGGUAAGAAAAGCAAAGUGAUACAUUUUCUUGAAUUAACAGGUAAUCCUUACUUUAGGUUUUUGUCAGGUUUUCCCAUCUGAUAAUUGUUAAAAUAGGGUCAAAAAAUAAUUAUGGUAUCUUUCAGAAGCUUUUAUUGUUCCCUUUUAUUUUUGUACCUUGUAUUUUUUCUCUGUUAAAUGCCCCCCUGCCUUUUUUGACAAACUUGACCUGGUAGACACGGAAUGCAUUUGAAUCUGCAGUUUAUAUGGGAUAACUAUUGUUUAGAAACGUUUUUUAUUCCUUUUUCUUGAUAGCAGUGUUAAUUUUACCUUUAAAACUACAGUUUAUUUUACUAUUAGUAAUUUUCUGCGGGCUUAUUGAUCUUGCUUUAUAUUGAGUAAAAUACAUGACAGUAUAGUAGUGCUUUUAACUCCUACCAAUUAAAAUAAAAGUUAAUAAAAACAGUGAAGCUAACCCUUUGUUGUUUUUAUUAAUAUUAAUACUGGUCAGUGGAGAGAAGUUGCUAAGGAGCUUGAAGGAGUGAUUAGAUUUGGUGCUGUUAAUUGCCAAGAAGAAUGGAACUUGUGUCGGCGGCAGGGAAUUCAAAGUUAUCCCUCUCUUGUAUUCUACCCAACAGUAAGUUUAAUAGGUUGCAAAAACUAAUAAAAAGUCUGUGUUGUUGCUCAAUGAAUGAUUUAGAACACUUACAAACUUCAUCUCUAAGUAGUAAAUGAAUGAUGUAGAAAGGAGGAAACUGUACAUUGGGUAAUCAUAUAAACAAUCUUACUAAAAAUAAACCAUAGUAUUAAGUAUUUUACUUUUGUACUCCAAGUGCUGUAAAGGGUCACUUAUAACAGCCUUGGGCUAAUAAUAUACAUCUUCAUAAGGGGUUUAGGGGGGCUUAUAAACCAAGAGGCUUUACGUCCAAAAGGGCUUAUAACUUGAAUAAAUAAAGUGCUGUAUAGCAGUGCUGAUUGUAGUGCUGAUUAAAAUACUUUUUGCAUUUACUGGUUUUUAAUUAACAGUCAAAGUCUCAUAAUACAUUGAAUUCAUUCUAAUCAAAUGAAUACAUUUUUAGGGGGGCAUAUGAUCGGAUUGUUUUUUUAAGUCUACAGGUAGAUAGGCCUAUAACAGGGGGUAGGGGGAGCUCAUAAGGGGUAGUUUAUGGUAUACUGCAUGCUGCAGUAGCACAAGGGAAAAUUCAGGAUUUUUGAAAGUGCCAGAGUGGCUAAAAAAAAGUAAUUUAGGCAAACCAACUUGUAUUAAUUGAUCAAGCAGAAUAAUAUUUUCCUAUGCACACUGCAACAAAAUUUCCAAACUGUUACAAUUUGCAAAGGCCAUAAUAAAAACUGUAACACUAUAAACUCUAGCAAAUAAAAGAAGUGAAAGAUCCGUAAAGGAACAUAUACAAAUGUGUAUCGUGUCUUUGAGAAAAAAAUUCAAUGGGAUACUUUGUUCCCAUUGAUCAGUGGGCAUACAGCAUCCCUUUGAAUUUUUUCAUGAGUGCACCAAGGAGCAGAAUUAAAAUACAUAUAUUGAAAACAAGUGAGAUAGAAGGCUGUCAGUAUAUGCCUUUGUUUUAAAAUCUGCUGUUCUAAAUAUCUGGAAAUCAAAGUUAAUACAAAAAAGUUGUCCAGCAUGAUUACAGUUGCUUUCUGUCAUAAUUAUUUACAUCUGUUUUUGUGAGUAUCAGCCGUUCUAAAGGUGUCCACUCAAUUUACAUGUGUACAGCUGGCAAUAAUUAAAGCAUAUUUUGGCAUUUUUAUACAUUUGUUUGAUUUACUUUCCCUGAGAGGCUGGCUUCUUAAAAUGUCAGCCCUGAUAAAAGAGCAUUUUUUCCUUUUCAUUUACUUCUAGCAUGAAUUUCACCGAGGUUCAAGAAGCACUAGAUCACUUGUCAGUUAUAUACUGGAUUCCUUAGAAGUUAAUCUCUAUCGUUUAUCGGAGGGUAAGAACACAUUUCAGUAUUAGUUUACUCCAUCCCCCUACCCCCAUCACCUACUUAAUCAGAUAUGAGGGUUAUCAGAAAUAAUGGAGAGGUUAAUGAAGACAGAAAUUCAUUACUAUUCGAGUUAAGCCAUUUUUUAACAAAACUGAGCUUUUAUCCAUAAUUAUUCAGGUUGGUUUUCUGUAACAUAGAUUGAUAGCCAGAGCUAAAAGCAAAGCUCCCAUCACAGUUAUAAUUUACUUGAACAGUGAACUUGGAACUAUUGCAAAGAAAUCCACAGAUGUACACUUUUAUUUGAGGGAGGGGCUCAAUGGACAAGAAACAAUCGCUGCUGAAAUAACUGAACUUAAAUUGAGCCUCACGAUCAAUAUUAAAAGCUAAUAACUGGUCAGCAGCCCAGAAAACUUUAAAGACAAGUGGACCUCAAUAAGUUGAAACCUGAGCCCGUGAUAUGGUCAUGUGAUACUGGCAUGGUCAGCAGAUAAUCAUUUUUGACAGCUGUCAAUUGACCAUAACAUGGAUGUCUAUUAUCAAGUUAAACACAGGUUGCAGGCUCUCAAACCAACUAAAAAAUAUCAUUUCACAUUGGUUAUCCUGUGGUGCAGACAGAUGGGCAGGCCGAUGGGUGUACGGUCACAUGACUACCAAAAUUUCUCCGAUGCAUGAAUAACCAAAUUUUCUUACCCAUGGUGUUCUGCUGCUCAUGCUUCACGCGUGCAAGAGCUCUGAUUUAAAUGCUGCCUGUUUUUAACAUUCCCAAGAAGGCACAAAGAGCAGAGUGGAAGCACUUUUUUUUUUGCUUAAAAUAACGCAGUAUAUACCACUUAUUAACCGAGAGCGAGGUCAUUACAGAGAAAUCUCAGUGUCUGUGACAAUUAUUACUGUAUAUACUGUACAUUCAUUGUAUUAUUUAUAAUCUCCAUCAUGUAACCUGAAAAAUGUACAAGGCAAAUUAAACGACAUUAAGUGUAUACAUUUUCGUAAUUAUUAUUACUCCAAAAUCUUAUUGCAGGCAAUUUUGAAAAGCAUAUAAACAAAGGUGAAGAACCCUGGUUAAUUGAUUUCUGUGAACGUGGUGGAGGUGAGUCCCAUCCUUGUCUUUUCAUGUAAUAGAAUGGUUGUGGCCAAAUUUUUUUAAAGCACUUGAGUUUGAAUAUCAGCUUUAGUUGGCAACAAAAUAUGUGUAUUAGUUAGUAAGAAUAUUAAAUAUUAUUACUAGCCUUACAUUUUCUGACUUCUGGUCAGAUGCUUACUGCAUCAAAGUCUGUUAGAACGGUGUGAAAGUUAUUACGAGGUCAGGGAGGAGUCAGUGAGUGUGUUUCCUCUGCUAUUCUGACCACUCCCCCUCCCCCUCCAAAGAAGGCAACUUUGCUGAGAGGUGGGUGAGUGGGCACAAUUUCAUAGCUUUGUUUGACAUGACUAGAAUUUGCCGCAUUUACCAAAAUAAUUAAAACUGAUCUUUUAACAUUUUUAUUUUGCUGCUGGUUAUUGCUUUUUUGUAUUAGGCUUGGAUUAUCAUCUUGAAUUUUAAAAUUUAUGUUGUAGUUCAUUUUUUAUGUCAGUUAAUUUUUACUUUUCCAUCGUUUUGGGGUAUGAUAAUGUAUGCUAAUGAAUUUAAACAAAGGAGAAAUAGAAAUUAACUGAAAUCAAGAAUUACCUGCAACACAUACAUAUCAUUAUGGUCCAAUUCAGUCAUGGCCAUUAUUUAUCUUACAGAUUGUCUCACUUCAGAUACUAAAAUCAAACUGGCUGCAAUUUUGGUAAGGUUGAUAGUUAUAUUUCCAUAUUCAUCUCGGCAUAGGCAUGAUGUUUGAAUCACUGCUGUGCUAGAGUCCUUGUUGUUGAACUUGAUUAACCUGCUGAAUCAAAUUCAAAACUUGAUUGAGAUGUCGUGCUUGUGCUAAGCUUUUGUUGAACGUAAUUCAAGAAUAAGUUUAGCAGGCAGGGCAGAAGCAAAUCAAUGACUGUAUGAACUGGCCCUUAGUAGCUUUUCGAUCAACAGCCUUUAUAGUUAAUGAGUAAUGACCUAUGAAAAGUUUUGUUGCUGGAGUCAAACUUGUUGUUGUUUAACCCUCUAAGUCCCAAUGGUGACCAACAUCAAUUUUCUCCCAACAAUAUCCAUAGGUUCUCAAAAGAAAAGGUUAUGAGAAUUAGUAAAAUAAUCACCAAAGCGAAAAUGCUUUGGUCUUUUAUCAAAUUCUCUCAACUAAUUCUUAUAGGAAAUGUAUAGGAAUCAGUUUGGAGAAUUUGUUUGUGGAUAUUGGGGCUUAAAGGGUUAACUUGUAAUCUUUCCUUUUAUCCUAUGACGUGCUAAGCUCACAACUUUAAUGGCUGAGGAGAAGAAGAUGUAGUUGUAAAGAGAUUGCUGUUGUAACGACAGAGAUUUUUACCAUUUGAUUUUUUUUUAGGAUAACUUAGUCAAUAUUGGCAGUAUUGAUUGUGGUGCAAGUAAAAGAUUAUGUAAAGAAGUUGGUUACAGCGAUGAUCUGGUUUACUUCAAGGAUGAAGUUGGACCCAAAAAAGGAGAGGUAGGGCCUGAACCUUGUUGUAAAAUCUUUUGUUUUACUUGACGAAAACAAUGUUUUUCUAGCUUGUGGGUAUUAUAUAAAACCCUUUCAGGUUUUGAGCAUUCAGUUUGUCAACUACAAACUUUCUAUAUUUUAGCCUGUGUAGCUGGCGGCUUUUUUGGUGCGAAUUUUGUUUUUGGUUCGUAUUUAUACGGCCGCGCGCGAGGUCAAAAGAGUAAACGAUGGAUGCAGAUAGCGAGGGGUAGGGAGAGAGUUUUUCCCACUACCCUUCUCCCCUCCCCUCCCCUCCCCUCCUCUCCUCCCCCCUUCCCCAUCAUUUUCUGGUUCGACCUCGGUUCUGGCUUUCGCACAGGUGUUUCUCUUACUUUAUGAACCACAAAAGAAGAAACAUCAACACCAAAAAACCACCAGGGUAGUUGUUCUAAAGGUGCGGCUGGAUAAAUCUCUACCUAGUGGAUAACGCAAUUGAUUUUCCUCAUAUCCACUGGAUAGCGAUUUAUCUGGUGGAUAGCACUAUCCAACGUUUAAAAAACCGGAGCCAGCUAUGCAGGCUACCUACAAUAUAUAAAAAACUCAGAUAAGCUUGACGUUGUCAUCAAAUUGGGUCUUGUAAGGUAAAUCGGUAUUUAAAAAGACAUGUCAAGAAGCAAGUAUUUUCUUUCUCGCUCUUUCGUUUUGCUUUUUCCAACAGAUUAUUGACAGUCUAGAAACCAAAGAGAUUGUGAGUUUUGCACUGAAGAAACUGCCAGAUCCAGUAAAUGUGGAUUUUCAAACAUUUGAGGUAAUUAUUGAGAAAGCACAUUUCCGAGUUACAUAAACCCUCUUUUCAAAACGAGGCAACGUGCAAGCCCUUCCAUGUGGCAAUACAUUGUAAGUUUUAUUUGAAUGAGAAAAGAAGAUUAUUUUCAUAGCAAACUGACCCUCAUUUAGACAAAGAGGAUUGGGUUACCGGUAAUUCAGGGAUGGCCAACUAACCCCUAGCCUGCGUCACAGACGAAACUAAACUUCAGUCACAGUCCGUCUGCGAAACAGCCCCAAAAUCCUUGUUGUGAGUCCCCACCUGUGUACCAGGAUUUGACUACGCGCCAUGAUUGGCCUGUUAAAGAUGCCAUUGUUGAUUUGCCAAUCAGGUCGAAAGGAAAUUCGAAACCCACUUUCGGUAAUUACUUGAGUCCGUUGGGCGCCCAGAACAUAUUGGCGCUGUUUCAGAGACGUUACUAACCGGGGUUAGAUUACGUCUGCUAAUAUAAUAACCUCAAUAUCCAAAUACAAAUUCUCCAGACAGAUCUCCAUACAUUUCUUAAAGAAUUUGUUGAGAGCAUUUGGUGAAAGGUCAAAGCGAUUUCCCUUUGGUGAUCAUUUCAAUAAUUCUCAUUGCCUUUCCUUUUAACUAUGCGUAGAUAUUGUUAAGAGAAAAUUGAUAUUGGUCACUCUUCCAAGGGACCUAAAGGAUUAAGCCUCAAUAUCCAAAUACACAUUCUCAAGAGUGACUUGCGUACUUUUCUCAAAGAAUUACUAGAGACAAUUUGAUAAAAGAUCAAAGAGAUUUCGGAGAUCAUUUUAUUUAUUCUCAUUUCCUUUUUCUUGAUGAUUCAUGAAAGCCCUAGCGUGAUAUUAUUCUUUUCUGUAACACUGUAUGUACAGGUUUUACAUGGCAUAACUCCCGUAAGCGACCACCCCAAAUGCAAAGAGUUAGUUGUCGCUUACGUUACGAGAGGUGGUCUCUUACGAGAGUCGAACUGCGGAAUGUCUUUUAAGGCGAGAAAUCCGAACACGUCUACUUUUUGCAGAGAUUGUAUUGCAUGCAAUGUUUAGGUUGCAAUGAAUGUAAACCAAUGCAGUUUCUAACGGUUCUUGUCAUACUAUAAGUAGCAUUGUACAUACAGCAAACGUAAAGAUCAGACCAUUGUAUCAGAUAGUCGCUUACCAGAGGUUAAAAACAAUGGAAAAUUCUAAAACCAUCAACCUAAAAAGUGGCCGAGGGGCUUGUUUAUGAGAGGUUCCAACUGUAAGGCUUUGACUGGGAAAAUUUCGGUGUUUUUGCUAAGUGGUCGCUUAUGGGAGGUGGUCGCACAUGAAGUUUCGACUGUAGUAAUUGGUGUUAUAAUGCAUGUAUUUUUUGCCUAACAGGACAUGAAGACAAAACUUUCCUCCGCCACAGAAUUGCCAUGGGUCUUACAUUUUGAUAGGGGACCCAUGGACAACUUAGAAAUCAGAAAACUUCCUGCAUUCACUUCAGAUAUUAAUGUAAGUUUUAUAAGUUCCAGUUGCAUCUGUAAACGAUUCAGAAUCUAGCUUCUCAAAGUUAUUAAUAACUCAUAAAGAAAAUACAAAGGAAAUUUAAAAUGUUUAAUGAGCGCAUUUGGAAAUCAGAUGAAAAACUGCUCAGUUUUGCAUCAAAAAUACUCAUCAAAAAUACUCCGCUACGCGUCGUAUUUUCAACUCUCUUCUCGGUGUUUCAUCUGGUGAUGAAACACUGCGUCUCAUGCUUGAUAUAUUACAUCGUAUUCAGAGGGAUGCAGUUAGUGGAAGCCUGGGCAGGUUGAUGCCAUCGAGGCCAUACACGGUAAAACGCGCAACAUGUACAGAUUUUGUUGGAAAAAGUAGAACUUCUUGCUGCUUUCUGGAAAACCAUUUUGCAGCUUUCAACGACCUGAUUUGAUGCAGGACAGGUUUGUUUUCGUGGGUGGUAAAACGCGUUAUUCAACUCGUUUUGCAGCAAUGCGCAAAACAAGUUGCACGUUUUUGUUGUGGGGUGUGAUUUUUGGUUGGAUGAAGAUAAUAGUUUGAUUUUUCUUUUUGUAGGUUGGUCAUGUUGAUUGUAGUAAAGAAACAGAGAUAUGCCGGCAGGUUCAUGUCAGAAAAUAUCCAAUGGUAGCUCUGUUUAAAACACGUGGUCACUAUGAGUGGCAUCACGGUAUGUAUAGCCCUAUAAUCCGGGGGGGGAAGGGGGGGCGAGGUUGGGGGGGUAUAAGUGGUAGUUAAAGGUAGAUGCUCUUGGUAAUAUAAUCAAUUUUUCUUUAUUGAACAGGCCGCUUUACUGCCCACGACAUUGCUGUGUUUGCGAAAGAGAGUGCAUCUUCCAGCGUCCGGACUCUAGGGCCUGACGAUUUCCCUGUACAAAUUUCCCAGCCUGAACUUCCGUUCUUUGUGGAUUUUUUUGCUCCAGUAAGAACAUCAUGCUAUGUCCCUUGUCGUACCACCCAGAAACUUCCAUUUAAAUUUAAGGCUUAGAUUAGGUACUAGGGAGUCAGAUGGCAUCACUUCGCUUUGACUCGGACUUUAAAGGGAAUUCGUCACUUUAGAAACGAGAAGAAACUGGGCCGAAUUAACUUUUGCAAAGACUUCUGGAACUGUCACUAGGGACAGGGAAAAAAAUUGGCCAAUAGCUGACCGGCUGACCCAAAAUGACGUUAAAAGUUCAAAAUGGUGGCGCGCGGGAAAUUGAAACAAGGGGAAUGCAGCCUCCUCCUCAGGCGCUUCGUUUUUCGCACGGUAGAGGCGAGCGACUGGUGAUGAGCCGCAAGGGACUAUGGGAAGGGUACAGACGUUGUCUCCUUCUCGCCUUCCUUUGCGCGCUAGAGAGACGUCUGGAUACGAGGCAGAGGGAAAUGUUUCUAUUUUAUUUUAUUCGACAAAAUCAAAUUAAAAUAUUAAAGGAAAAACGUAAAGCAUUCUGGUCGUAGUAGUAAAAUGACGCCAUCGUGAACAUGGCCUAUUUGUCACAACAGUAGAGGUUUCCUUCGACAAUUCUCACGGCCGUUGAUUCAAGUUAUCUACUUUUUACAUCUUUCAGUGGUGUCCGCCUUGUAUGCGUUUAUUACCUGAAUACAGAAAAGCUGCCCGUUCAUUUGAAGAUGGCGAAGUUGGCUUUGGUACGGUAGACUGUACAGUGCACCCUAAUUUAUGUCAUACGGUAAGAUGCACUUUAGUAAAUUAUUCAAUAUAUUCAUAAUUUAUUCAUGUAGCAUUAAUUAUUGCUAACAUCAGGAGCACGGUUUAUUUCAUAUUAGGCUGAUUUAGCAACAGAGCGGGAACGUCAGUUGAUAACGGCGCGCGCAAAUCAAACAACUGGCUUGACCAAUAGCAGAGCGGCAAAUUGGGCACUGAAAGUCGAGUUUAGUCCUUUCCGCGCGCUUUCCCGUCGUCAAAUGACGUUCCCGUUCUGUUGCUAAAUCAGCGUAUUAGGUAUUUUGAGAACAGACCUCUGGAGCCAGGGUGAGAGGAGAGGGAAACAACCUUGGAUACCGCAAAUGCAGAAAAAGAAAAAAAGGCUUCUCUUUCCUCCUCCUCUAUCCCUCUUACAUUUUCUCUUUUUUUCCUUCCUCUGGAGAGAGACUGGUCAUCAAAACGGACAGCAAAACAAUCGACUUUUCUUCCCAAAAUUUCAUCUCGAUGGACAAAUUAAUCUGAAACAUCUCCAGUCUUUCAAAGAGUAAGAAUUUCAAGCAGUCCUAGAAGAAUAAUGUCUAGUAUGUUUUAAAGAUUUCUCUCUUCGAAUUUUCGCUGCAAGAAAAAAAGUAAUUCUGGAAAAAAUGUGUAAAACCUAUGACAUAAUAGCCUGCGUGGCAGGCGUUCGAAAAAGAAGGGGAAGGGGGUUUGGGUGAGAGACCGUGCGCGAGGGAGAAGGGAGGCGGGGAACACGUUUCCUCCCUCCUUCCUCGCGCGCUCCUCAUGCUUCUCUCGCGCCAACAAUCCACUUUUCCUUCCCUUUCGGACGCCUGGCACGCGCGCAGGCUUAUCACAUAAGGAAGCCAUCUACGUAAGCGUUCUCAUUACUCCUUCCCUAUGCAUUCAGCGUACGAUUUUUUCGAUGUUGAGUGACACCGCGUUUUAGAUCCAUGAACUUGUUAUUUCUUGUGCGGGAUUAGCAGAGUUAUUUUUCAUCUGCUGCUGGAAAGGAAGCAGACAAUUAAUGAGCAAACACUUGCUUCACUCGAAAAUUGUUUAAGGUUUUUGAUAAUUUUUGGCAUUAAAUACAUUCUGGUAUUUCUCCUCGUUCGCAGUUGACACAGGGCACUUGUCAUGCUCCUUCCUUUGCAACAAAACACAAGAGAUUUAUCAGCUUCUUGACGCUUUAUUUUUCAGUAUAAUAUUCGCUCAUAUCCAACAACAAUCCUCUAUAACAACAGCAUUCCUCAUCAAUUUACUGGUCACCAUACUGCCGCUGAUUUAGUGGAGUUUGUUGAGGUAAGCAAGUCAUCUGCUUCAUUAAACAGUUAAUUUUCGGGUAAGUCCUUGAAUAGUCCUUGAAUUUUCUUCAACUUUGAACGUAGUGGCCUGGAAAGAGUUUUUUGAUACUUUUUGGUUGUCCAAGACAGGAUAUAAAUCAUAGCGCACAGAAUUUAAAGGUUAUUUAAUAAAUAAAGUGCUAUAUGUUUUAUGCAAUAAUUAACUAUCAAUUCAAGACCAGUAAACUAAAACAUGUAGAGAAGUUGGUGAAGCAAACAGUUCAAGCCUUAAAGCCUUAUUAGAAUAGACUGGGAAUGUACAUUUUUGUACAAUCUGUGAAAUCAUAUUCCUAGUAGGUGGUCCUUGAAAAUCUAAUGUGGUCCUUGAAAAGUCCUUGAAAAAUGGUUGCAAUUUUUUUAUGAACCCUGUUGACCCUUUAAGCCCCAAUAUCCACAUACAAAUUCUCCAAACUGGUCUCUACACCACCUGAUUUCCUUAGUUAAGAGAAUUUGAUAAAAGAUUGAAGCAUUUGCCCUUAGGUGAUCAUUCUAUUUAUUCUCAUAAACUUUUCUGUUAAUUAUGUAUUGAUGAUGUCUAGAGAAAAUUGAUGUUGGUCACUCUUGGGACUUAAAGGGUUAUAGAUUGCAAAACAGUCGGUUUUUUUCUCAAAAUCAGUAAAGAAAUCGGUAAAGCGUGGGGUAAGUGUCUUACCAGCGCGAGGCGCCCGAGCCUCACUUUCAGCCUCGUUCCAGACCUUUUGUUUGACUUCUCGCGCAUACUUGAAUAAGCAAAAAUACGGACUGUUUUGCAGUCUAAAAGGGUAAAGGCCUUGGCCAAACGUCGAACUUUUCAUAAGACAAACCAAACUUAGUGAGUCAAUCACAUGAAAAGUUCGACUUCUAGCUCAGUUAAGUUCGUCUGAAUGAGUUUAAUUCGUCUGAUGUCGGAUAAGCAUUUUAAUACAGCAACAUUAAAUCCUCUUUUUUGUUCCAGAAUACACUGAAGCCCGCCGUGGUUCAGUUAACACCAGAAACAUUUCAAUCUCUUGUUGCGGAGAGAAGGGAAGGUGAAACCUGGCUAGUUGAUUUUUAUGCUCCAUGGUGUGGGCCGUGUAAUGAGCUCGCUCCUGAUUGGAAUAAACUUGCCAAGGUAUAGUAAGAACAUUACAGAUUUGUGUUCACACAGUCGUUGACAUGUGUGUUUUAAGCAAUCUUAUCGGUUCGUUAUCUUAGGAUAUUGAGCACUACAACUUGAUUGGCUCAAAGGAGCAGGGUUAUCAGGUUAUAAUCCGGCUGUUUUCUGACAAUAAAUGGUGAAUGAACUUAGCAGCAAAAUCUGAAGUAAGAGUGUGGCGCUUGUAAAUAUUUAAGACAGUCGUGUGAAAAAGAGCAUUACCCUAAAGCGCUUUAUGUUGGCGUUUGUAAAAACGUUUCGGAUGCUAACGCCUCCUCGUUCAAGUGGGUGAAGUCCAACAAAGCCUACACAAGCACGCCUAAAGGCUAAUUUCAAAGGGCUUGAAGUGAUUUUCAUUUUCACACUGUAAAAUAUCUAAAGUACCCUGUGUGUACAAUCAGUUGUUUGAAUGUCAGAACAUUAUCCGUUUAUCCAUUGUUCGGAGGUUAGAGUUGAAGACGUGAAACAUUGUGCAUUUCAUUUCUCAGCAAAUGCAAGAAGAAGCUAGUGUUGGAUCAGUAGACUGUCAAAAGUACCGAUCGUUCUGUCAAGAGCAAGGAGUGAAUUCUUAUCCCACCAUACGGUUGUACCCCUACAACAGUCAGGGAGCUCGUCGCUUUGUGUGAGUAUUGAAAAGAGUUAGAGCGAUGUUAGUAUGACCUUGAAAAAUGGUUUCGGUAAGUGUUCGUUUUUUGUUUUAUCAGCCAAUGGAUGAAAACAUCCAAACAUGGACUCUUCGUUUCUCUUGGUUUUUCGCUUUUCUUUUUCCCCUCUCCCCAGUCUCCCUGCGUCAAAACGAAGUUUCUGCGGAGGAGAGAGGUAGUUGCUCAUAGCGAUUUUUUUGUCGGAAAAAAAAUGAAAAUUUACGUGUGCAGUCGACUCUCUCUUAACGGACAUCUCUUUUAGAGGGACACCUCGGUAAAACGGACACCUAGAGUUUGUCCCUGUCUUUUUUGACUACCGAUAUUUGGCUUUCUAUACGACAGUCAUCCUGUUCGGUUCCAAAGGUGUCCGUCUUAACGAGAGAGUUGACUGUACAUACAAACUUAUCUAACAUAAUAUUAUUGUCUUACUGUCUAUAAAAUCAACCGAUUGUUUUCCGCUUUUGUAACUGCAUUCUUUUAGAAACCACCGUGGAUGGCGUGACGUGGAUUCUCUAUACAGCUGGGCGUUUCAGCACCUGCCUUCGUUAGUCACGCAGCUCAAUCACUAUUCAUUCCAUGAGGCUGUUGUUGGCAGUGAAGGUGCGUGGAUUAUCGAUUUUUACGCUCCGUGGUGCGGGCAUUGUAUUCAGUUUGCUCCUGACUUCGAGAAAGUAGCAAAGGUGAGUGCCAAUCGGUAUGUGUAUCAGGGGCGUAGCUUUAGAUUUUGAAGGUGUACGUGCUGGAAGGAAAGUUAGAUCGCCGAAGGCGCUCCAAACAAGGGGGUGUCUAUGGGUGUACUCCCUAAGAAAAUUUUUUAAUUUACGGUCUUGGAAAUGCCAUUUCCUGCGUUUUCCGCGGGACAUUUUCACUACAUAAAUACGAAGGAAAACACUGUGAGGGGGACAGAGAAUGGUACAUGUUUUCGUUUUUCACCCCACUAUAACGUUUCUUGCUGUCUUGCUGUCUGAACAAGGGAGAGAACCAUCAACAAACUCAACACCCACAUAUGUCGUCGACGCGGAGAUUUGAACCCGGGUCACAUUGGUGGGAGGCGAGUACUCUCACCACUGCGCCAUCGUUCCCCUCCAAGGGGAAAAUAGCGGUUGCUCCUCUCUCCUCUGCACAGGCUCCCGCUUGGUAUCCCAGUAAAAAUAGCAAUAAGCGCGGGGGACUAUGGGAAGACGCUUCCUCUCUUUCCCUUCCCAUCGUCCACCGUGCGCUCACUUUUUUUCCCUCUCCCCAGCCCCCCUGCGGCACAAAGAGGCCUCUGUUGAGGUGUCAGUUAGCACUGUUUGAAUUUUGAUAAAUUUUGUCAGUGGCGCAGCUCCUUUAACCAGUGUGUUAAUAUUGUUGUAGUUAUUAGAUGGACGUAUCAAGGCGGGUAAAGUAGACUGUGAGCAGGAUUACCAUCUGUGUUCUGAGGCCGGUGUACGUGCUUAUCCUACUGUCAAA